AAGAAUACAGCUCAUAACAAAAUGGUUGAUAAAUUUAUAAAUAUGUGGAAAGUACGUGAAUUGGCGGAUAAAGUCACAAAUGUUGUUAUGAAUUACACGGAAAUCGAAGGCAAAGUACGUGAAGCCACCAAUGAUGAUCCCUGGGGUCCAACUGGUCCGCUAAUGCAAGAAUUGGCUCACGCCACAUUCUCAUAUGAAACAUUUCCAGAAGUAAUGUCCAUGCUGUGGAAACGAAUGCUGCAAGACAAUAAAACCAAUUGGAGACGAACUUAUAAGAGCUUAUUACUAUUAAACUAUCUCGUGCGUAAUGGUUCCGAACGUGUUGUAACAUCAUCACGAGAACACAUUUAUGAUUUACGUUCCUUGGAAAAUUACACUUUCACAGAUGAGGGUGGCAAAGAUCAGGGUAUUAAUGUUAGGCAUAAGGUUAGAGAACUAAUAGACUUUAUACAGGAUGAUGAUCGUUUACGUGAAGAACGUAAAAAGGCCAAAAAGAAUAAGGACAAAUACAUUGGCAUGAGUAGCGAUGUAAUGGGUAUGCGCAGCAGUGGUGGUUAUGGUGGCGGCGGUGGUUUCAGUGAUGGUGGCUGGAGAACAUCACGUUCGGAUCAUGGUGAUAAUUGGUAUUCUGAUUCACGUGGUGAUCGUUACGAAGACGAUGAUGUCCAAUAUGAAGGUGAAAAGGAAUUCUCAGAUAGUGAUUCCCCUAGUCCAAGGCGAAGCUAUCGCUACAAUGAUCGUGCCAGUCCUGCAGAUAUUGCUACUGAAGCAACAACAACAACAAAACCAACUGGUGGUAGCAUUAAUAUGAAUAUUCGUCCUGCCAAGUCGUCGCAUAAUGCACCCGCAGCCGGAGGGCCGGUUACAAAACAACCACAAAAUAAGUCCACGCCGGCUGCUGCUGGUGUAGGUGCGAAGAAAAUCGAUAUGGGAGCUGCUGCUAAUUUUGGCAAAACAGCUGGUAUACAUUCGCCCACACAUCGUGAUACCCCAGCCGAAAGUAAUAAUGACGAUUUAAUUGGCUAUUCACCAAUUAAUAAUAACAUUAACUUGGGCCUAUCAGAUUUGGAUAGUAAUAACACCACCGCAAAUAACAAUAAUUUAACAAAUCUAUUUCCAACAUGUUCACCAAAAAGUGAAAAAACCCUUAACAGUGCUGCUGUUAUCAACGAUGAUUUAGACGAUUUCAAUCCCCGGGCUGCUGAACAACAGCAAUCGGAAUUCGGCGAUUUUGCUUCAGCUUUCAGUGGUAGUUCGGGCAUCGAAGCUCCCUCAACAGCUUUAGCAACGACCACAACAAACUCAAGUAUUGGUGGUGGUGAUGAUUUUGCUGAUUUUUCUGCAUUCCAAGGUAGUACAACUACCAGUAAUAAUAUUAUACCUGGUGGUUUGGAAGGUAACCUUCUGACCACUGCAACUCCAGCCAACGAUGCAUUUGAUCUAUUUAAUGCUGCAACGACGACGGCGAAUUCAAAUCACCACCAACCAACCAGCAUGGGUGCUGCUACAACAGCAACAGAUCUACUAGCUGGACUAGGAGAUCUAUCAAUACACCAAAGUAUGCCAAUGGCGGAUGAUGAUGAUGAAGAUGAUGGCGGCGAUGAUCAUGAUGAUGAUGUCACCAGUGAUAACAAAUUCCCGGCAAAACUUAAACAAGAACUCAUUGAUGCCAUUAACAAAUUACAGAAACUUGAAAAAGUUCAAUCAUCGCAGGAUGUAAAACAAAUCCAAGAAAUUAUUACCAAUUUAUGGUGUUGUGAAGGAGGUGGAGGCGUGGCAUUACCAGGAUUUACCACACCUGAACAACUAUGUAAUUUAGAUAAAAAUGCAAUACCAUGGCAUUUGAUAGCUGAAAAUGAAUACUCCGAGCUGUUACAAGCCAUUUGUGGGCUGUUUAAUCCAGAUUGGCCCACAAAUAUGGGAAUGCAGGAACGCUACAUAAUGAAUAUAUUUAAAAUUGAUUAUAAUUUUGAUUUUAUAUUCGAAUCAUGGUCAUGCAUAAUGCAAAAAUUACCCGCAUUACCCCAAGUGGUAAUGGAAAUUUUGGAAUUUAUGUUAAGCGAUGAGAAUUUCAUGUUUGUGGCAUUUUUACAAAUCUGCAAGGAGAGGGCCCAGCUAAUGGAAGAAUAUAAAGCCACCAUGGAAGCUGUUCCAGAAACUCAAGUGGAACGAUUUAAUAUGAAAGUGAAACAAUUCAUACAAUUGAUAAUUUCCAUACCCACCCACUGUGCCAAUCAAAUGCAGGGGAAAGUUAAGGAUAUUUUUCUCUCUUGCAAUUAUUCCAAACUUUUGUUACAAAAUGUAAUCAAAACGAUAUGGUUUCUAAUGCAUUGUGAAAAUUUGGAAGAGAAUUAUUUUGAUUUGAAAUUCCUAUCGGAAUUGCUAACACGAAUUGUGGUGGAAUUUUGCAAGGAAUUCGGAAAAGAUUCCACACUCUUUGAAAUUUUACAAAUUAUAGAGGAAUUUUGUAAUUUCCCCCCGGGUCAACAAAUAAUGCAUUCAAUAUUUAAACAAAUUGAAGAUAAUAUUGCCAUAUACCGGAUUGUUUUGUGUAUGCUUAAUGGCGAUUUGGAUAUUUAUAAAAUUGUGGGGCCCUGUGCCAAGGAUUCCGCCAAUUGGGAAUUUUGUUUUAUGCAAAAAUUGGCCAUACAAAGAAUACCCAAUCAGAAUAAUUGUCUUGUUGGGUUGGUGAACUAUGUCCGCCAAUUGGAUUUUGAUUUAUUAAGAAAGCUUUUUGAAAAUGUCCUAAAUAUAUGGUCCAAACGUACUGCCCUACUCAAGUUAUCGGAAACUGAACAUUUGAAUCUAUCCAAAUUGCUGAUGUUGUGUGGAAGAUGUUAUUGUAAAUCAAAAGGAGGAGAUACGGAUGUGGAUAUAAAACGUUUGCUGCACGAAGGACUACGCCAUCAUUUGGAAUGUCCAGAUGCCCGACAACGUCAUAUUGGCAUGAAAUGUGUGGAAAUUCUUUUCAAUUUAAUGUGUGAUCCAGAUAUCAAGGAUGAAGAUAGAUUGAAAUUUGAUUACUCCAGUAUUCAGGGUACAACUCUGGAAAAAAUACUCAAAGAGUUUGAUGAACUACUUGAAUUGAAACUAGAAAAUAAUCAUACACAGAAAAAUAAUUUGCUAAAAUUAUUGGAAUUAUUUAUGAUGAAGGCAAAUGAAAAGAACGAAGUGGUGAAACAUGAAAUUCCACCAACACCACCACCAGAACCUCAAGAUUUAGAUAUACCACCACCGGCAAAAUCGGCAAAAAUGGAACUAGACUCCGAUGACGAUGAUGACGAAGAUGAUCUCAAACCCUAUGACAUGUCCAAUGACAUACCUCAAAUAAUGGAAAAAAGACCCAAAUUCCUUUUCGAUUUACUAAAAACUCUUUCUGAGAAAUGUGAAAAUUAUGAAAUUUUUGAAUCAGCCCUAUCAUCAGCAGAAUCUCUCAUACGCUCCCAAUUACCUCGGUCAGAUUCUCGUCUAGCCUUGGAUUUAAUGCAAAUUUUCUUGCCCCUAGAUAUGCAAUAUUAUUAUGAGAAUUUCGAAGAAACUAAAUUCAAAUGUUGUGUGGCCAUUUGUACGGCCCAUCCAGCGGAAUGUGCCGAAUAUAUUUGCCGACAAUUUCACACCGAUAACUCACAUUAUAGUGUGAAUUUGCGUAUUGUUAUGCUGCAAAUUUUGGCUGCCACAGCCAAAGAAUUAUCAGAUAUACAAAAUGAAAAAUUGGAAACAAUCGAACAUACGAAUCAUACCCCCAUUUCCCACACAAAUUCAAAUUACAUACGUAAAUUUCAAUUUGAUAAUGAACACAAACAACGUUUGGCCCUAACGCAACAGGUGAUCAAGAAACGUUUGCGCGAAAAAACCAAAAGAUAUUUUUCACAAAAAUCAUCGCAAUCCGCCAACGAAAACCGCAAAUCCAAGCCAAAUCGUUUCCAUGCGGUGGUGGGUACAUUUUUCUUUUGCCUCAUUCGCGGUGAUCGUACCAAACAAAUGCUCUAUGUAAAAUAUGAUCGACUGGCUCAUGAUAUAGACACCAUGCUAAUGGUGAAUUUUUUGCACACCCUAUCCGUGAUUGUUAUGGCAGCACAAAAUUGCCCUCUACUACCGGCCAUGACAAGAGAAAUAUUCGACAUAUGUUCAUUUGUACGAUUUAGUCCAGAGGCUCGUAUACGACAAUCAUGUUUGGAAUUAUUGGGCAUAACAUUGGUAACCACACCUGGUUAUAUACUGAUCGAUCAGUUCAAUGAACGCUUAUUGGAUUUAAGAUAUUGGUUAGAGGAUUUUGUCAAAUCACCCCUUGUCGGCGGAGAAACGUCCGAGGAAUGCCGUGAAAUUGCCACACAAAUUUUAAAUACUUGCUAUAAAAUAAUGAAUCCUCAAAAUUAA